AUGGGACAAAGAUGUGUUAAUGGACGAAGAGGAGGCCGGUCAACCACCAUCAUGGCAGGAAUCCCGCAAAUAAUGACAAUGGAAAACGGAUCGAAUAAAAGCAAGAACAUCUUAAUCGACAAUCAUCAAACUAAAAUACAACAGUCAAUCAAAAUAAGGGUUGAACGACUAGUAUUUAUUGAGGUAGGAUUCGGGACCAACACUUUCAAUUCCAUCAUCAACACUCAAAUCGUCAGAACCACUUAUCCUUGA